AUGCAUCCCCCGGGACGGUUUCUUGCCGGACAUUUGUCCGCCUUCUAUUUCACGCCGGCGGCUGCGCUUAUUGCGAAAAAUCAUUCCGAUUGGGCACAAUUGCAGCUCCUAUCGAAUGCCGCCGCCAAUACGGUGAACAGUACAAACGACGACGACGAUAUGAGUCAAGUUCAUUUCACUUCAUCGGCGAGACGCCGAAACGCAAUGAUCAUCGAUUCGAACAACAACGAUGACGAUUCACCCAAAGGAAUAAUUGCGAAUCUCCGACUUGCUCUACCACACAUUGCUCUCAUUUCGGCAACUCUAUGCUAUAUUUUCCUCGGCGCUUCCAUAUUUGCCUACAUCGAAAAACCAUACGAGCUUGAGAACCACCAAAGGCAUUAUUCGCAAUAUCAAUAUCUCAUGGCGAAUAUUUUAUCAUCUGCAAAUGAUUCUCAAGCAGACAUCGAUCAUCUUCUAGAUACGUUUACUCAUCUGAAUUUUCUUGCUUUCGAAGCGGGCCUCAAACCAGCAGAUUUGGCCAAAUUGAACAACUCGACGCGAUGGACCAUGAUAUCGUCGGUAUUUUUCACCACCACAGUUUUGACAUCGAUUGGUUAUGGCAAUCUGAUCCCAAUAUCAACGCAUGGUCAAAUCUUCUGCAUGUGUUAUGCGAUAUUCGGAAUUCCAUUAACACUCAUCACAAUUGCCGAUGUCGCUAAAUUCGUCGCUGAUUUAUUGAUUAUGGACCCGACGGAGGACGUCAAAACCACACGACAAUUAAUGGUGUUGGUCGUUUUGCUGGGAUAUAUGGCGAUUUCAGCAUGCGUCUACACGAUACUUGAACCGACUUGGUCAUUUGUCGAUGCCUUCUAUUUUUGCCUGGUUUCGUUGAUGACAGUCGGAUUUGGUGACUUGUAUCCAGUUGGUAAUUUCCAGUAUAUGAUGGUCUCAAUCAUUUUCAUAUUCAUUGGCCUUGUUAUUACUACAUUAGCUGUCGAUGUGAGCGGUUCGGUGUGCAUCGACAAGAUCCAUAGUCUUGGACGAGGAUUCGACGCGAUUCGCGUAUUAAAAGCGAUCCGAAAGAAGUGA